UUUCCUAUGACUGGUUGGACAUGGUUCAACCAAGAUGCAUUUAAAGAGGACGGCUGCUCAGCUUUUAGGGGUUUGGAAGAUUUUCUUUCAUUGAGUCGUCAGACUGUCGGGAUCUCCAGGAUGAUGACACUCAGCGUUUUCCUUCUGCUGCUCCUCCUGGAGACGUGCUCAGUUUCCACUUAUGAAAACGUGGCCUUGCGUGGAAAAGCGACGCAGUCAAACCGUUAUGAGCAUGCAUUUGGAGCUGCUAGCAGUGCCAUUGAUGGAAACCGUGAAUCUAAUUUCCACUCUGGCUCAUGCACCCACACUGAUGAGGAAUACAGCCCCUGGUGGAGAGUGGACCUGCUGGAGUCCUACAUCGUCACCUCCGUCAUCAUCACCAACAGAGGGGACUGCUGUGCAUACAGGCUCAACGGGGCAGAGGUUCACAUCGGCAACUCUUUACAAGACAACGGUGCUGCAAACCCAGUGGCUGGGAGAAUUUCUUCAAUUUCUUCAGGCCAAUCGUUCACUCUGACUUUCACUGAUCGAGUGGAGGGACGUUAUGUCACUGUGGUUGUACCGGGUCACGAUAAGUACCUUACACUCUGCGAAGUGGAAGUCUAUGGGUACCGUGCCCCAACUGGAGAGAACCUGGCGCUCAAAGGAAAGGCCUCCCAGUCAUCACUGUAUGAAUUUGGUAAUGCUUACAAUGCCAUUGAUGGGAAUCCUAACCCCAAGUGGGAGGACGGCUCCUGCACUCACACAAAGAACAACAUCAGCCCCUGGUGGCGACUGGACCUGGGCAAAACCCACAAAAUCGAUUCUGUUAAGAUUACCAACCGAGAUGAAGAAGCAGAACGACUCAAUGGAGCCGAGAUACGCAUCGGAGAUUCUCUUGCAAACUUUGGCAACAACAACACCAGGUGUGCUGUGGUCAAAAGUAUCCCGGCUGGUAGUGUCAGUGAGUUCAAAUGUAAUGGCAUCGAUGGUCGCUACAUCAACAUAGUCAUCCCAGAGAAAGAAGAGUUCCUGAGUCUGUGUGAGGUGGAGGUGUAUGGCUCCCGUCUGGAUUAGGGACACAGAAGGUCUGAAUAAGGCGUAACAAUAAUCAAAAAUCACCUCCUUGUAGACUUAUUGAUUAUCUCCUUGUGUGACAGUGAUGCAUUGUGGGAUUUUUUACAAAAAGUAGUGCACAUGUGAUGGACACUUUAUAGGCUCCUUUUUUCCCUCUCCAUUUUGGGAUUUUUUCUUUUUUUUUUACAGAAUUUCUCAGUGCAUAUAUAUUUGGUUUGGCCAUGUUUUAAUGCUGUUGUUGACUUGUCUGUUGAAUACUAAACAUUGGAUGUGCUGUCAACUGCUGCAGGAUAAAACUGUAUGUCAUCAAUACAUGAUUAAACCAUUAAAACAG